AGAGGAGGCUGAAGACAGGGUAAUGGACUCCAUCGACAGGCUCCAGUGUCUGACCAUGACUGCUGAAAACCCAACUUCCGGAGACCUGACUCCUGUCCCCAUUGUCACUUGCAAGCUCUGCCUGUGUGAACAGCCUCUGGACAAGGUGACCAUGCUCCAGGAAUGCCAGUGCAUCUACUGUACAUCGUGCCUGAAACAGUAUAUGAUGCUGUCCAUCCGAGAAGGAUGUGGGUCUCCCAUCACUUGUCCUGACAUGGUGUGCCUGAACCACGGGACCCUGCAGGAAACCGAGAUUGCCUGUUUGGUGCCUGUGGCCGAGUAUCAACUGUAUCAGCGGUUAAAGUUUGAAAGAGAGGUUCACAUGGACCCCCUCCGAACCUGGUGUCCUGUUGCAGACUGCCAGACAGUGUGCCAUAUUGCAGCAGGAGACCCAGGGAAGCCUGUCAUGGUGGAAUGCCCUUCCUGCCACCUGAAAUUCUGCUCAUGUUGCAAGGAUCCUUGGCAUGGGGAGGCUUCCUGUAGAGAGCAGCCAAUUGUGCCAGAGCAUGGGGCCCUCUUUGGGACGGAAGCAGACGCCCCCAUUAAGCAAUGCCCAGUUUGUCGGAUUUACAUUGAGCGCAAUGAAGGUUGCGCUCAGAUGAUGUGUAAGAACUGUAAACACACGUUCUGUUGGUACUGCCUGCAAAACCUGGACAAUGACAUAUUCCUUAGGCACUAUGACAAAGGACCAUGCAGGAAUAAGCUCGGCCACUCGAGAGCAUCGGUAAUGUGGAACCGAACACAGGUGGUAGGGAUCCUUGUGGGAUUAGGCGUCAUCGCCCUGGUGACUUCACCCCUGCUCCUCCUGGCCUCUCCAUGUAUAAUCUGUUGUGUCUGCAAGUCCUGUCGAGGCAAGAAGAAAAAGCACGAUCCAUCCACAACCUAAAGUUACCUGCACAGACAUCUGGGUUACAUGAGACAGUGCAGCGAUAAAGCCCCACUUAGCGACCUUGCCUCCUUCUCCUUGCCAAACUUUGGAAGUGCCUCUGUGUCCAGACUCUGAACUUGCCUGAUAGCAUUCGGUGUUGGAAAAGGCCAAGUCCUGGGUGUGAGUGUUCCUGUGUAUCAAGAAGCAGCUCUCAACCCAGGCUGUGUCUGUGGAGCACUCUGGGAGCUUUGCUAUUGCUUGGGAGACUCUUAACACAUUGCCAUCUUGCCAUCCAAAGGAUCUCACCAGGCUUCUCAUCUUCCAUGCAAACCUAAGGAGCCUGGGUGAACAUUCAGUGUACUAAUGGCAUUGCUGUGCUUGGUGGCUUUGCAGACUGAGCAAAAGUCUGUGUUGAUUCCACUGCCACGAGACACAUGGCAGAAACCCAGAGUCAGAGGGGAAGGAUAAGACUGCAUAAUAAGAAAUUCUAUGAGCAAUAGAACUGGCCACUUAUCUCAGGAGUCGAUGCCCUGGCUGGCAUGCCCGUGCCGGCUACUGUGAGCACAUCUUCAGCGUUCCCACAGUGACUUGGCAGAAACAUAAUAGCUCUCUCCCUGUGUGAUCUCAUCUUCAGGCAGGAGAAACUGCUGUUCAGAGGGAGUUGUCCCUUCCCAGGAAAAGGUUGUAACAUGUAAAACAACAUGGCCUAAUUUAGUGUCUGUUGUUUGGCAGGAUGCUAUUCUUCUUAGGUAACAGUUCACCGCUCACAGCCUGCAGCUGUGGCCUAUAAAAGUGUUUUAGAUGGGCUGUGAGUGGGAAAGCUUCAAAGCCUUUGUCGUAGGCAGCAGGGUCCUUUCUUGGGCUCUGUGGUCAUAUUCCCAACAGAUUAGGAGUUGGACCAGAAAGUGUACAUCAGCAGUACACAUUAUAGUCCAUCCAUCGAUCCAUCGAGCUGUUGAUCCAUCCAUCCAUCCAUAUAGAAUUCAUGUGACUCCCCCUAAGCAUGCAUGGAGGUGUUCAACAGAUGACACAAAGUAAGAUUAGUUAAAAUACCUUGUUCCUUUCUAUGGCUAAAUGAUUUAUCUGUCUGCAUAAACUUUUUUUUUUUUUUUUUUUUUUUUGCUUAGUACACAUGUGAAUUUUUACUGUUAAGUUCAUAACUUACCCAGGAGGGUAGGUUUAAAAACAAAUCUUUUAAAACAAUGCCUAGUGCAAUUUUAUGUUGUCUGUAAAGUGAUAAUCAGGUUAUUUACAUACUUUCAGACACAAUUUAGAGCAGCUCUUUGCUCAGCCUAAUUUAGUAUCGUUCUCCUGGGAGCCGUUCAGACAAUCUGAGUGCUUUCUGUGUCCUCAAGAAACUGAUAAAAUGACAAGAAGAAAUCAAGUGGAAGUAUGUCAUGUGUCUUCAGUAGUUUGGAUUUGUGUCAUCUCAGUGUGACUCAUCCUGACCAUUAUACCAUCAGUCACAAACAGAUUUUGAAAAGACGAACAUGUUUUCUCCAGGGAGAGGAUUAUACAGUUGCCAUUAGCAAUGCAGCCCGGUGCUUCUCAAGACCAGUGUGUGUUCCGUGUUAACGGAGACUUCUGAAGGCAGGGAGAUUAUUCAGGGCCUAUUCCUUUUUCCAUGGUAACGUGGUUACUAGAUUGUUAAACUGCUGCUAUCCUGGAUCUAUGAUCAAAGAUUGAUGCCUUGCCUCUGCAGUGGAAUGUAUCCUAAGUGGGGAUGUAUAUAUUCAAGGACCUUUAAUUCACACACAUGUAUUAAUAUCUAAUAUAUGUAUAGUACAUUCA